AACAGCUAAGAAAAAAUAAAUAACGCGUUCUUUCGGUUCCGUGUAGUCUUCUCGCUAUAAGAGGUUCGAUUCCCCACCCUCCCAUAUUCACCAACCAAAACCGUCAAACCCUAGCAGCGAAAUCGGCAAAGGAUCCGGCUCGAUUCGAAAAAAGUUCUAGAGCUCUUCGUCUCAGUUCCCUCUCGUUCGUUCCACCGUAGACCAGUCGAUCCCCCAGCGGAAGAGAUGGCCCAGUCCAGCAACGACGCCGCCCCGACCAGCACCCACCCCGCCGCCGAGGAGGUGCCGGUGGAGAGGACGGCGGAGGAGCAGCAGCAGGAGGAGGACAGGCUGAGGUACCUGGAGUUCGUGCAGCAGGCGGCGGCGCAGGCUCUGGUGCUGGCGGCCGCGGCCUACGCCUACGCCAAGCAGGGCGCGGGGCCCCUCCGCCCCGGCGUCGACCACGUCGAGGGCACCGUGAAGGCCGUCGUUGGCCCCGUCUAUGACCGCUACCACGCCGUGCCGCUCGGUCUCCUCAAGUUCCUCGACCGCAAGGUUGAUGAAUCUGUCCAGGAGCUCGACCGCCGUGUCCCACCUGUUGUGAAGGAGGCGCCCACCUAUGCUCGCUCUGCAGCAGCUGAGGUGCAGAAGUCCGGCAUUGUGGGCACUGCAACUGGCCUGGCUAAGUCGGCCAUUGCCCGUGCUGAGCCAAAGGCCCGUGACCUCUACACUCGCUACGAGCCCGUGGCUGAGCGCAAGGCAGCCGAAGCCUGGGCUGCCCUGAACCGCCUCCCGCUUGUCCCAUCUGUGACCCGUGCUGUCCUCCCCACGGCUGCACAGCUCUCAGCCAAGUACAACACUGCUGUGCUUGAUGGAGCGAAGCGUGGCAACACAGUUGCUACCUACCUCCCGCUCGUACCCACAGAGCGCAUUGCGAGGGUGUUCGCCAACCCACCAGCUGAUGCUGCACCUGCUGCAGCCCCGGAGAUGCAGCCCAUCCCGACGCAGUAACAUUGGAAAUGACAAGAAUUAUAUUUCCUCGUAGCUCUUGCAGCGAUUAUCCUAAAAGGUGUAGUAUGAUUCGUCUUGUGUGUCUUGUGGUGGACUGGGUGUUAUGUGGAAUGUUACUGCUGCAUAGCAGUGCAUGCUUUGAGUUCUAUUUUGUGAUAUGUAAUGCUUUGAAUCUACCUGCAUGAUGCACUCUGUGUAUAUUAUAUAUGUAUUCGAGUGUUCGAAAUAAGUAAGCCGUCAGGUUUUACCA